GCGGUUCUGGCUACCGCGCCGCUCAUUGCCGGUGCAGGCGGUGGAGUCCGUGGUGCAGCUGCAGAAUGAGCGAGGCAGAUGGGCUGCGGCAGCGCCGGCCCCCGCGGCCGCAGGUCGUCACGGAUGAUGGCCAAGCCCCGGAGGUCAAGGAGGGCAGCUCCUUUAGUGGCAGAGUUUUCCGAAUGACGUUCUUGAUGCUGGCUGUUUCCCUUGUCAUUCCCCUGCUUGGAGCCAUGAUGCUGUUGGAGUCCCCCAUAGAUCCCCAGAUUCUCAGCUACAAAGAACCCCCUUUAAUGUAUGGUGUUCUGCAACCAAAUACAAAGUUGCGACAAGCAGAAAGGCUAUUUGAGAACCAACUUAGUGGACCAGAGUCCAUGGUAAAUAUUGGGGAUGUGAUGUUUACUGGCACAGCAGAUGGCAGAGUUGUAAAACUUGAAAAUGGGGAAGUAGAGACCAUCGCUCGAUUUGGUUCAGGCCCUUGCAAAACCCGAGAUGAUGAGCCUACCUGUGGAAGACCCCUGGGCAUCCGGGCAGGGCCCAAUGGGACUCUUUUUGUGGUUGAUGCAUACAAGGGAUUAUUCGAAGUAAAUCCUCAGAAACGUGCGGUGAAACUGCUGCUGUCCUCUGAGACGCCCAUUGAGGGCAAGAAAAUGUCCUUUGUGAAUGAUCUCACCGUCACUCGGGAUGGGAGGAAGAUCUAUUUCACAGACUCCAGCAGCAAGUGGCAGAGGCGGGACUUCCUGUUCCUGGUGAUGGAGGGCACUGACGACGGGCGCCUGCUGGAGUAUGAUACUGUGACCAAAGAAGUCAAGGUUUUGUUGGACCAGCUGCGGUUCCCUAAUGGCGUUCAGCUGUCUCCUGAGGAAGACUUCGUUCUGGUUGUCGAGACAACCAUGGCCAGGAUACGAAGAGUCUAUGUGUCUGGCUUGAUGAAAGGAGGGGCAGAUAUGUUUGUGGAGAACAUGCCUGGAUUUCCUGACAAUAUCCGGCCCAGCAGCUCUGGCGGGUACUGGGUUGCUGCUGCGACAAUUCGUGCUAACCCUGGGUUUUCCAUGUUGGAUUUCUUAUCCGAGAAGCCUUUUAUUAAGAGAAUGAUUUUUAAGCUCUUCAGUCAGGAGACUGUGAUGAAGUUUGUGCCACGGUAUAGCCUGGUCUUAGAGCUCAGUGACAGCGGUGCCUUCCGGAGAAGCCUACAUGAUCCCGACGGACUGGUGGUCACCUACGUGAGUGAGGCCCAUGAACACGACGGACACCUGUACUUGGGUUCCUUCGGAUCCCCCUUCAUCUGCAGACUCAGCCUCCAGUCCAUUUAGCCAGCCCAGCAGCUGCUCCCACUGUGCAUGCCAGGAAUGAUCACACCAGCCUCCAUCGGUCUGGAGGGCGCCAUGGACACAGCUUUGUCCCUGUGUUCCUGCUAGUCCUUGGACGUGUGGGAGUAGCUGCUGCAACCUGGAGAAGGUGUGGGUCUCCAAGAGUGCCUCUCACCUGGACUUGAUGUCACUUUUUGAGGGAAACAGUGUAUCUGCUGUGGAGAAGACAAUUCAUGGAAGCCAUUCCUCUACAAAAAUUAUGCUAAGUACACAAAUUCUCUAGGACUUGGAAGACUUUAGACACUUGUCCCAGGGCUCAGGGUUUGGUGAUAAGAGUAGAAGAUUAGCUAUGCAGGGACCUUUCUGCUGUGAUCGGCUCUGCCUGCCACAUUCAGUGUCUUCAUUCUAAAGUGGGGUCAUGCUUUUGGGGGUGGCAUGGAAGUGCCAGUGCAGGUGUGUUGAGGUUGCUGGUUGGGAUCACGCAAGCUGAAACUUUGUUCUCAGGGCCAUGUGAGAAUACUUGGAUCUUCCUCCACAGUAAAGGGGUUCCCUCUGAACCUCUGCAUGCUGUGACUCAGCCUCUUUUCAUGCCAGAGCGUUUUCAAGACUCCUGUUUCAGUGGCCGAGGAUUUCACUGGGCUUCUUUCUGAGACUACCUCCUCCGCUGGAAUUGGGUGACCCGGCGAGCCUGUCCUGCACAGGGUGCUUACGCAAUGUCCUUUUUAUGGUUUUAUGGUUUGAUUCUUACCUUUAGACCUACAGAUGUGAGGAGCGGCCUGUUAAUAUGAUGUUUGUGCUGAUGUAAUAAGCUCUGAGUUGCUUAUUUCUUGGCAAGUAUGUUUAUACACUGGUCUUAAUUUUGAUAAGAAUAAAUAAUAUAAAUCUCA